CUGCUUCUCCUGCGCAACUCGCCAAUCCUCCUUAAACUUCCACCCUACCUCUCCGCACUAUGCAUCAUUGUCGGCGUGGCAUGGCUCUUCAUUCUGCCCCUCAACGAGUACUCGCGCGGGACGUACGUUUCCGAAAAUGCUAUUCUACCCGGCCAAGUCCACACGUACUUCGGUGGGAGCGAACAUAAUGUCUUCCGCGCGUUCCGGCAAGAGAUCUAUCAGCUUGCGCACUGGGAUGAGCAGGACAGGCUCAACGCGCUGGAGCAUAUACUGCGAGAGGUGGGUCUGAAACCAGCACAGCAGCCGUUUCAGUUCACGGUCGCCGGCGAGCACAUUACAGGCACGAAUGUCUACGGUCUACUACAAGGCCCGCGAGCAGAUGCUACUGAGGCUAUGGUGCUCAUUGCAGCUUGGAGGAACUUUGAGGGCGAGAUCAACCAUUCCGGUGUCGCGUUGGCACUGACUCUGGCCCGCUACUUCCAACGCUGGUCCAUUUGGAGCAAAGAUAUCAUCAUUCUCAUACCGUCAGACAGCGUAUACGGACCUGAAGCUUGGGUGUCAGCGUACCAUCAUGCAGCAGGAGAAUCAACUCGCCCUCAUAACAUCAGCAGUCUACCUAUCAGAGCUGGGGCACUCCAGGCAGCAGUGGCCCUCGACUACCCAGCAGGACCCUGGGGUCAACGAUUUGAGAAGCUAGAUGUGCUCUACGAUGGAAUAAACGGUGCACUACCGAAUCUGGAUCUCCUGAACACAGCAGUGCAGGUGGCUAGUGGACAGAUGGGCAUUGGCUGCAGCAUUCACGGCAUGAUCUCGCACACGGACAGUUACAAAGACCGUCUGAUCACCCUCGCUAAAGGCCUCGUCACACAGGCCGCUGGUCAUGCUACCGGCCCACAUUCAGCCUUUAUGCCGUACCACAUUGACGCUAUCACUCUCAAAACGAUCGGUGACGGUUGGCACGACGAGAUGAGUCUAGGCCGAACCACGGAGAGUGUGUUUCGAAGCAUCAACAACCUUUUGGAGCACCUGCACCAGUCUUUCUUCUUCUACAUACUCUUACACUCAAAUCGCUUUGUCAGCAUUGGAAACUACCUGCCGGCAGCAAUGGUUAUCGCAGGGAGCUUCACGCUCACGGCGCUUGCUCUGUGGGUUCAAAGCGGACGUUCUCCAGCCGGCGAUCGCGCAAGAGCUGCCAGUACCGAUGAGAAGCGCGAAGGGACUACGCUAGAGGUCGUGAAGCAGGGUGGCGACGUUGCUCUGGUCCCAAUAGCGGUAACCGAGCCGACAGAAAGGAAGAUGCUGCUGCCUGCAGUUGUGGUGCCCAGCGUUUACCUUGUGAGUUUCGUGCCGGUCUAUAUUGUUGCUAAUCUUACGAACUCGGUACCCUACCCUAUCAUUUGCUGCGAAUAUUGCUCCAGCUGA